UGUGACGGACGGAGCGCUGCCUGCAUCCCCCCCGGCUCACUGACACCGGAGCUCCAUCCGCUCCGCUCUACCUGCCGACCCCACCGUCUGCUUGUGUCCGCCUGUCACUGCCUGUACCUGGGUCAGACAUGGAAGGAGACGGCAGCCAAGCACCGUCAGGAAGCCCGGCUGAUCCGCAACACGACCCCGGGAAAAUGUUUAUCGGUGGCCUCAGCUGGCAAACUUCACCAGACAGCCUUAGAGAUUAUUUUAGUAAAUUCGGUGAAAUCAGAGAAUGUAUGGUGAUGAGAGACCCGACGACAAAGCGCUCCAGGGGUUUUGGCUUCAUCACGUUUGCGGACGCUGCCGGCGUCGAUAAAGUCUUAGCGCAGCCGCUCCACGAGCUAGACUCUAAAAGGAUUGACCCUAAAGUUGCUUUUCCUCGACGUGCUCAACCCAAGAUGGUCACAAGAACAAAGAAAAUAUUUGUCGGAGGAUUAUCGGCCAACACAGUAAUUGAAGAUGUGAAGCAGUAUUUUGAACAGUUUGGCAAGGUAGAAGAUGCCAUGUUAAUGUUUGACAAAACCACCAACCGACAUAGAGGUUUUGGCUUUGUAACAUUUGAAAUUGAGGAUGUGGUGGAGAAAGUCUGCGAGAUCCAUUUUCAUGAAAUCAAUAAUAAAAUGGUAGAAUGCAAAAAGGCCCAGCCUAAGGAAGUGAUGUUUCCACCGGGGACACGAGGUCGGGCCAGGGGUUUACCAUACACGAUGGAGGCCUUCAUGCUGGGCAUGGGUAUGCUAAGUUAUCCAAACAUUGUAGCUACAUAUGGCAGAGGCUACACUGGUUUUGCCCCAAGCUAUAGCUACCAGUUCCCAGGCUUCCCAGCCGCAGCGUAUGGACCAGUGACGGCCGCGACAGUAGCAGCAGUUCGUGGCUCAGGUAGGGGAACCCGUGGAAGAGGGGGAAGCUACAUGGCAUACGGACAGAACGCAGGGGCAGGAUUCCAUGAUUAUGGGUUAUAUUCUGCAUCCGGAGCCGGCGGUGACGUGCGAGGAGGCGCGUCUUACUCUCUGGCUGAUUACAGCUCCCUGGGGCCCCAGGCUGCUGCUCAAAUCCUGCCCAGUGGUCAUGCCAGCUCAGCGUGCAACUCUCCCACUUCCCUCCAGCACCACCUACACAGCCCGGAACCUUUUAAGAACCCAGGAAGCAACCCGGCUCGGCCUGGCGCAUUUCCUGGUGCCAACAGCCCUGGUCCUGUAGCUGACCUCUAUGGAACUGCCAGUCAGGACUCUGCCGUGGGCAACUAUAUCAGUGCCACCAGCCCUCAGCCAGGAUCUGGCUUCAGCCACAGCAUUGCUGGUCCACUGAUUGCGACGGCUUUUACGAAUGGAUAUCACUGAGCGCUCACAGGUGAUGUCAUCCUGCACUAACCACUACAGCAUCCAUGCAGUGAGCCCCGGUUGAAGUGGCACCAGAUGAAGAACAGCUCAGAGGCAGGAAAAAAAAAAAUCAAACAUGAUGACAUAAGAAGAAGAAGAAGAAGAAAUAAAAAAAAAGACAGUCUGUUGUACUGUAAGACUGACCUGCUGUUAAGAUUGAUCCUUCUGACCGUCCUGUCACUGCUCUGUAGAUAUUUACCACUUUAUUUUACUUUUCUUGUUGAAUUCUGAUCUUUUUGUACUUUCUAAGAAUAUACGUCUUUUAAACCUCAUGUAAAAAGGUGUAUGUGUGUGUGUGUGUGUGUGUGUGUGACUCACAUAAACCAGCGUGACUCACUAUUGACUUACUCUGUGAGUAGUGAGUCACACUGGUUUACGUCUUUCUAUGCCUCAGUAUGUUUUUUUUGUACCAGCAAACACAACGUGACUCACUGUAGUCAUAAUAGUUCGGUAUUCGUUCAUCAAAACAAAACACACGUAACACUUAACUUAGCACACUUAACAGUAACCUUGAACAGCUUUGGGUUUUUUUAGCAAUAUGGUUAGUAAAUGUACAUUUCUGGCAAUAAGUAGACGAAGAUAUUAUCACACGUCCAGUUUCAUGUUUGUUUUCUGGUGGGAAAAAAAAGACAACGCUGUCCUUUUGUUACUAUAUCAAUGCAUUAAUGGAAUGAUAUCAACUGUCCCGCCCUCCUACAGUAUGCACUGUAAUGCUUUUUCAACUGUAGCUAAUUUAAUACCAGCAGAGUUGUCUACAAUAAGAGCUCCACGAGUUGAUGUGCACACACGAAUGCUGACAGGGUUCCUCUUUAUUCUCUCGAGCUCGGUAGCAUUAAAGCACAUGCAAGACUUGUGGGCGUGUGAAAAUACGCGGUUGUGCCCUUUAAUUUCAUGAUUUGUUUGAUCUGGUCAAACAAGGGAUGGAUGUAUUGUGGAUAUCUUUGUGCUUGUUGACGACAUUUUCACGACAGGUCACAUUUCACCCAUUCACACACACACGACUGCACUUGAGCCGCAGUGUUGGUUAAAAACACUUUUCCCUGCUCGACCUGCAGAGCAACGGCCAUGAUAAACAAGGCUACGUUCAGAUUACCUUAACAAAAUGACUAAUUGAGAUUUUCUUGUUUUCCAAAGCUGUGUGGACACACAAAUCCAAUUUGUGAUGAUCGAUAUGAGGAUAUGUGACACGAGUGAGCUUGGUCAUAUCAGAAUCCUUGUGGCUUUUUUGCUUGUAUGCAAUGUUGGGGAACCACGGAUUGGUCGCAAGGUCUUGCUUAAUUCAGUAGUUGGCUUUUGGCGACUGGACUUGAGGGCGAGGCAGAUACAUUUUACACUUGACCCUCUCACAUGUAAAGCAAACGUAACUACAUGAAGUCUAAAGUCCUGGAAACAGCAAACAACCAUAGCAAUUCCAGUCGCCGACAGCCAGCUACUGAAGAAGACUAUGACCUGAAUGACUGAGAACCUCCACCAAUACAGUAUUUGCUGACUUAUUCCCUGCUUAUUUCUCUGCUGAACAUUUACAGUAUAAUAUACAGUUAUAGAAAUGGUAUGAUGUACAAAUGUGUUCUUUUCACUGGUUAAAAAAAGCCCCACACAAAUCUGACCGAUCCUUGCUUUUAUACUAGGUGGUCUCACAAAAUAUGAGGUUUUCUGAUGUGGCCACACGAAAGUCACAUGAUACCAGACACUUGUAGUUAGGGAUCUGAUCCAUGAUGAUGUGCAGACACCGUGUUAUGUGUUAUUACCUCAGUCCUGUGUGUUUGGUUCCACUGACCAUAACAGUCUACGUUAGAAGAAGCCUCACUUCCUGCACAUUAUUUUUGAAGUGGACUUUUUUUUUAUUUUUUUUUUAUGAACAGCUGAGUCUGGGUCAGUCCAACGCGAGCACGUAAGGAUAUUUGUUGUGGCGCUUUUAGUGAAAUAGUCUAAAACCACUGCAGACCACACACGGAACACAACAACAUGAAUGUCAUGUAAACAGGAACCUGCUAGAACUUCACUAAAGACUCAAACUUGCUCUCGAACGUUUGGAACGACUAGACUCGUACAAACUGAUAAAUGUAUAUGCUGUUUGUUUGUUUGUUGUUGUUUUCUUUCAUCCGUGCCCGAUGAAAACAUUUUGCAAAUUGCUUUUACAGACCGUCGUAAGCCCAUUACUGGACCGCCUCUGAAGCGGAGACUUCUAGUAAUAAUCGAAUAAUCAAAAGUUUGUAUGAUGUUAUUAAUGAAGAAAAGAAACGUCAGCGUUCCCCUGUAUGAAUUGCAUUUUUAUGAACAAUUUGUAUCAAUAUUUUUGUGGUUGUUGAAAAUUAUAUGUGCAAUAUCUAUAAAGCUAACAAUAAUAAUAAUAAUAAUUAUGUGUGCUGUACAUCCGCCCCCAUUCUCUCUCCAUUUCCUGUCAUGCUAUACGAUAGUCUUCAGUUACUGUUCAUGUAUUUGAGUAAUGUAGACAAAAAAGAAACUAUAGGAGUGCUGUCUUUGAUACCAAUGUAGUGAUCUUUACACCUAGUUACUCGUGAUGUAGUUACAAUUUUAGACUUCGACUCAUUAUCUAAAGUAGGACCAGUGAGCAUAGAAUCUUUUUUUUUUCCAUCUGGGAUUUCCUUAUUUUCUUUCUGUUGAUGUUCAUGAUGUUCCAUGCUGCUCUCAACCAAAGCUCUCCUAAAAACAUUUGAAAAAAAACAACCCCUGCUUUAAGUUGUUCUUGUAAACGAGGCAUUGCCACCCUUGAAUGUUAUGAAAGGGUCUCUGUGCCGUACUACCUUAAAUUGCUUUGUUGUAAUCGGAGAGACGUGAAAAGAGCGACGUUUGAUUUCUUUACUUUUAUUUAUAAUUCAUUAAUUAUAAUAAUUAUAAAUGGCAACAACCUGAACUCGGUCAGCUGCUAGUUUCUAUUCGACUUGUUUAAACAACUCACACUUUAAUAAUCAUGAAACCCAAAUUUAGCAAAGCACAGCAUCAUCGUGUCUUGAUUUAAAUUGUCAUAAGUGGUCACAUGGUCAAGGCCCGGCUACACAUGACCCGGUCGCACAACAGGAAAUAAAGCAUUUGCUUCCUGUGGCACGCAAGAAAUCCACGGUGUGUUUUUGUGUUGAGCUCACGCGUCAACACAGCUUCAACCCAAUCCAACAACAAAAGUGACACAGGUUUAUUUAUUCACACCUGAUAACCUGAUCACGAGCUGUUCACAUCUGAAUCAGGUGUGUUGGAGCAGGACAACACCUGAAACAUGCAGGGCGGUGGAGAGACCCUGAAAUUUGCCGUGAUAACUUUACGAUGUCAGUGACUGUAAUCCCAGCUCAAAACAAUGUAGAGCACAGGUGUCAAACUGGUGGCCCCGCCACUCAAUAUCAUGGCCCACUGAUAAGACAAUUAAAAUUAUCACAUUAUUAACGUUUAAUUACACAUAAUUACAGAUGUAUGCAUCGUUCUAUAUCAAAACAAGCACUUUUACUUAAAUAUUAUAAUGAAUAUCUUUCCUGCAAUAUCAUGGUGUUAUCAUUUGAAACUCACCUACUACUGAGCAGUUGCUAUAUUCCCAAUUUGUUUCCUUUAGACCGGCCCCCUCUUGACUAGACCUCCUAUGUUCACCUAGACCUCCUGUAUGUUGACACAGCUCCACUGCAGAACCUCGUUUUUGCAUCUGGUCCAAUUGUUCCGAGAAGGGUGGAGAGGCUUUUCAGGCUCGGCCUGCAAAUAAAAACCCUGGAAUAGCAAAUUAAAGUGUGAUCAGUGAGGCCAGUGCUCCAGUUUAACAUGUUUCCCUUAUCUCUGAGGACGCAUCGUAGUUAUUUAAUAACUCGCUAUAAUGCCACUUUAAGUUCUAUUCUAUUUCCGUACACGUUCAUUACUUCGGAUCGUUUCACGUCGCUCUCAUGCCUCACACUUUAGGGUAGCACGGUUCUACGGGAUAUUGCCGCUUUACUUCAACAGCUCACAGUUCACGAAUGUAAGAUGUUUUUUUUGUUGUUUUUUUUUACGUUCAUCGAGUUAAAAAGUUUGAGUUUGUCACUGGAUAAAUGUUGGCUCCAAAAAAGAAAAGUGAAAAAAAAAACACAAUAUAAUAUGACCUGUAAUGUAUUUGAAUAUUUAUUGUGAGUGUACUACUGUAUCCACCUAAACUUGAAUCCUGAGGCAAGUGCUGGACUAGUAAUGGACAACUGUACAUAUACUGUUACUGACCCGAUAAUUAGAUAUUUAAUUCACAGGCACAACAUUUCUAUUAGAAAGACACAUUACUAAAUGGUACUAACAGUACUACAAUGAUAAUAAUCGGUUUUGCAGUAUAGCACAUCUUGAACGUCUCAUGAUUUCAUGAGCGGUGCAGAGUCCUAAUAUCUCAACAUGUAGCAGUGGACGCUUGUCCUUCAUCUGGACAAUGCUGAUUGCCUUGCUCAUUCCUGCCACUUGCCUUUUUUUUUUCUAAUGUUAAUGGACAUUUUUAGGUUUUGAGCUGACUGAACAGACUGAAAGCAUCUUUCAGUACGGCUUGCUCAAUCCCUGUAAAAAAUAAUAAUAAUAAUAAUAAAAAAAAAAACAAUAGACAAAGGAAAAAAAAAGGGGAAAAGGGGGAAAAAGUGGAUAAGAGUUUCUCACAUCCAAGAUGUGGAAAAUAUAAUUUUAUACUUGUAUUUUAUAUUAAUGAUAAUAAAAGUUGUUUGUCAAUGGUUCCAUUCUCUACCGUGGUCCAGAAAUCAAUGUGUUUGUUUAAGAAUGAAAUAAAAUUGUUUUCAAAGA